GGAGGGUGUGAGGGAGAGGAAAAGAAAAUGGGAGAAAAGGAUGGUGUGGAUUUACCUUGUCUCUGUCGAUCCGAUUAUUUAAUCUUGUACUGUGCUGACACAUGAGAUAUGAAACAGCUUUAUCGAUCCAUGAGGAAUACCUGCACACUUUCUCACGCACGCACGCAUACUCAAAACAGAAGCAGAGCCCACUCCUCAGACACAUACAUCACCCCCCCUUUCUCUCUCCCUCUCUCUGUAUCUCUCUAGCUAUAUGGAUAUGAUAAGGGCCGCAGCAGAGCACAGAGAGACAUCAGAGAACAGAAGAGGACAGGGCAGAGAACCCAGAUUUUUUUCCAGCCAGAUCAUACCUUAUUAUUUCGCCUUUCCCUCUCUGCCACUCCAUUCAUCAAAUCCCUAUGAAACCCCUUAUAACACUCUUCCCCAACCCCACCAUCCAGACUCUCCUCCUCCUCCUACUACAACUACAUUCCCCACCAUCCUCUCCCUCCCCCCUCCUCUUCCAUGAUCGCUGUCCCUACUUUGAUUCUUUUGGCUUUUUUCUGUCUGGGUUUUCAUGGAAACUUGAGAAGCAAGUGAAUUUUUAGGUUGGAUUUUGUUGGGAACCCUAGGAAUCAGAAUCACCCACCUGUUCUUGCUUUUACUUGUUUCUGGUUUUUGGAUCAUGGAUGCUUACCAUCACUUUGACAACAGUGAUGCCCAUUUGCCUCCUGGGUUCCGGUUCCACCCGACCGACGAAGAGCUCAUCACCUACUACCUCAUCAAGAAGGUCCUCGACAGCAACUUCACCGGCCGUGCCAUUGCCGAAGUGGACCUCAACAAGUGCGAGCCAUGGGAGCUUCCUGAAAAAGCAAAGAUGGGAGAGAAGGAGUGGUACUUCUUCAGCCUCCGCGAUCGGAAGUAUCCAACUGGCCUCCGAACCAACCGGGCCACAGAAGCUGGCUACUGGAAGGCCACUGGGAAAGACAGAGAGAUUUACAGCUCGAAGACUUGUUCACUUGUGGGGAUGAAGAAGACACUCGUUUUCUACAGGGGGAGAGCCCCGAAGGGAGAGAAGAGCAACUGGGUCAUGCAUGAAUAUCGCCUGGAAGGCAAAUUCGCCUACCAUUACCUCUCCAGGAGCUCCAAGGACGAGUGGGUCAUUUCCCGUGUGUUCCAGAAGAGUGGCUCCAGCGGCGGCGGAGGGGCUACCGGAGGGAAGAAGGCGCGGCUGAGUUCCACCGUUAAUCUCUACCCAGAGGUGAGCUCGCCCUCGUCGGCCUCCCUCCCGCCCCUCCUCGACGUCUCUCCCUACGCUGGUACUUCCGCCGCCGCCGCCGUCAAUGACCGCGAGAGUUGCUCCUACGACGGCGGCGAAAACAGCAACAACAGCAAUGCGCGUGAUCAGCACGUGCCCUGGUUCUCCACAAUCGCCGCAGCGGCUGCAGCCGCUGCUGCCAACUCCUUCAACGCCCACCACCAACCCCCGCCGUUCGACCUUGCUCCCCCUUCCAUCAUCGGUUCAAUCGACCCCUCCCGCUUCCCGCGAAACGGCGCCGUUCCAGCUUUUCCCAACCUGAGGUCUCUCCAGGAGAAUCUGCACUUGCCUUUCUUCUUCUCCCAGGUAGCCCCACCAAUCCCCAGCUCCGGUGACCCGUCCACCGAGAUGGGCAUCACCAAUUCGGCUGGAAACUGGCCGGUCCCAGAGCAUCAGAAGAUGGACAACGGCAGAUUACCAAUGGGAGCCACUGAGCUCGAUUGCAUGUGGUCAUACUGAUCAUGGGUUUAAACUUCUCUUAACCAUCAGCUAUGUAGUAUGUAGCAACCUAUCUGGUUAUGGUUUGUAUGGAAUUAACCAUGUUUUUCCGCCAUUAUUGGCAUAUUAAGUAAUUAAGUAAGAAGUUGAAUGGCAACUGGGUGUGA